ACAUCUGAAAAGCUCACUUAGUCGUACAAAUACAUACAGAUUUCCUGCAGAUUUAACUGCAUUAAGCUUCUCUAGAGACACUUGACAAUAAGGGAAACAGAGAAAUUAUGGGAGCAUCUUCUUCUGGCUUGUUGGAUGAGGCUAAAACCAGCCACAUCAAAGGACUUGUCGACAACACGUUCCAGAGUUUCAGUGAGUUUUACCGUCAGCAGUAUUCUGCAGCUUACUUCGGCCACUUACAUCAGGAGGUGGAGCCUAAGAAAGAGGGGAGGGGGCUAUUGCUCACACACAGGCCUCAGUAUGCUCCAGAGGAGAUGCUGUACCAAGGGAGUGUUAAGUUCUCCGGCUGGGAUGAACAGGGAAAGAAAUGCAGAGAGAGAUAUAUCAUUCUGAGAAGAGACUACAAAGUGGAGAUAUAUGAAAACAUGGAGAAUUUUAAACGUGGAUCUCCAGCUAAGUUGGUCCUCCAGCCAGCAGGGGGCCGUGUGCUGAACACAGAGAAGGAGUCCAGAUAUCUACUGGAGCAAACCUGUGCUGGAAUACUCAAUGGAGUGAAGGAGGAUUCUUCUUCGGUGGUGUCGUCUCCAGAUACGUUUGCUGUGUAUUUGCACCUGCCUUACACGGGUCACACCUGCUUCCUGUUCCAAAAGGAAGGGGAACGAGAUCACUUCCUGUCUGCACUCAAGACCUGCAUUAGACACUGCAACCUCGACUACUGGUGUGAUUCAUCCUAUGAGAGCCAGGCGUACAUCCGAGCCCUCCGACUCUACCGCCAGGACAAAGGAUGCUAUGAAUCCUGGGAAAUACUGCUGGGCACUGAAGAACAAGUGCUGGCCUCUCAGGUGAUGGAGGAAGUGUUGCCGUGGUUACAGAAUCAGCUUCAGUCCAAAGUGAAGGGCAAGAAGGCAGAGAGGAUACGACAGUGGCUGGCGACAGUGCAGGCAACCUACAUGUUGGUGCUGGACCAGCUGACUGCAGGUCUGGAGACUCUGAGGGGGGAGUGUCGUCAGACAGCAUCAGCCAAUCAGGCGCUCAUCAGAUCAGAUCUGGAUCAGAUUAUGACCUCUCACCGCUUCCUGGAGGAUAAAGUGCGAGCCUGUAUAUGUAAAGAAGCAGAGAAGGUGUGCAAUGAGUCUGUAGCACCCUACAUGUCCUCCAUCCUCGAAGCACUUACAGAAAACAUAAGUGCAGGGAUUCAGGGGAUGAGAAACACACUGCACACAAAGAUGGACGCUGCCUUCACACAAACAAAAGGAGGAACAGAGGAGACCAAGAAGGCCCUGUCCACCCUGCGCUCCAUCAGUUUGGAUCACUGUUACCAGCAGGUGGAGAAUCUGACUGGGAAACUUAAGGAAUUAAAGCAGAGGUUUGGACUGAGCAGCGCUCAGCGACUGGUUCACUCUACACAUCUGGAGAUGGAGCAGCUGUUGGACAGUGCUGUCUACACCUUAGAGCUGUUCCUCCAGUCAUCAGCCAGACUGCAGCCCUCUCAGGUUCCUGUCAAGAUGGACCGAGCUAAAGAAAGAGUCCUGAAGCAGUUGGACUAUGACAGCAGAAUUGUCCAAAGGAGGAUCUAUGAGGAAGCUCUACUGGAAAUCACUCGGCCUGCUCUUACCAGGGGGAUGGACAAAAAGUGGAAAAGUGAGUUCCAGCAGUUCGAGCAGUACAUUUUCGCAGACUACAGCAGUUUUAUCCUGGUUCAUAAUGUCUAUGAUGAUGUUCUGAGAAACAUCCUCAGCAAGGAGAUAGAGACAGUGGUCCAGGACGCUGCCAGCAAGAAGACCAACAACCUCCUAUUGGACACUUCAGAUCUGGCCAUUAGUCAGUACAGUCUCCUCGGACAUACGCCUCCUCUAUCUGCACCAGCAAGCCCAACCUUUAAUGCUCGAGACUCCUCCUCAGUGGUGCCCAGUGGAGAUAAAGAAUCUGCUCCCCUGAUAGAGGGAGGUAAAGAAUCCACUCCCCUGUUAGAGAAGGGAGGUAAAGAAUCUGCUCCCCUGAUAGAGGAGGGAGAUAAAGAAUCUGCUCCCCCGAUAGAAGGAGGUAAAGAAUCCACUCCCCUGGUGGAGAAGGGAGGUAAAGAAUCUGCUCCCGUGGUAGAGGAGGGAGGUAAAGAAUCCACUCCCCUGGUGGAGGAGGGAAGUAAAGAAUCUGCUCCCCUGGUGGAGAAGGGAGGUAAAGAGUCUGCUCCUGUUGUGGAGGACGAAGGUAAAGAGUCUGCUCCUGUUGUGGAGGACGGAGGUAAAGAGUCUGCUCCUGUUGUGGUAGAGGGAGAUAAAGAGUCUGCUCCUGUUGUGGAAGAGGGAGAUAAAGAGUCUGCUCCUGUUGUGGAGGACGAAGGUAAAGAGUCUGCUCCUGUUGUGGAGGACGGAGGUAAAGAGUCUGCUCCUGUUGUGGAAGAGGGAGGUAAAGAGUUUGCUCCUGUUCUGGAAGAGGGAGGAAAAGAGUCUGCUCCUGUUGUGGAGGCGGGAGGUCAGUCAGUCACAGCUGUAGUUGGCCCUCAGAGUGACCCUGAACUUAACUCUGACAUCAGUGCCACUCAAAGCUCUGACCAGAGCAGAGUGUUUCUGUCUCCUGUGAUUAUUGUGACACAACAGUUUGAUGAAUCUACGACCGAGGAGGCUUCUUGCUUCGAGGGAAUCCGUGAAGAUGUCCAACUUGCGACUGACACACCAACAGCAGUGGAAUCUUCCAACUCAGCCACACCUGACUCUGAUGCAGCUGUUACACCUGAACCCCCAACUGUCCCAGAAUCCAGUACUCCCAUCCCAGUCUCUCCUGAUCCCACAACGUCCCCUCUGUCCCCGCUGCAGCCCACAGAUGUCCCGGCUGAAUGUGCUCAAAGUGAGCAAUCUGCAGAACCUGAAAAUUCUGCUGUACCUGACCUCACAGCCUCAAAUCAAAUAUCACAGGAUGCUUCUUCCAUGCAGCCAUCCUCCCCCUCACAAACAAACACCCCUUACACAGAUAGUCCGAUGAAAAUUAGUCUUGGCUCACUAAGCGAUGCAAUUGGUCCCAAUGCCACAGCACCUUCUGUCACACAGACGGUGGUAAAGCAGACCACUGACAGGGCGGUCUACCUGACGGGAGAAAUUAAGGACAUUUGGGAGGUGGAGAGGUUAAAAGAGGAGAAAAAGAAAGAGGCAGCAGAGGAGGAAGAUGACAGAAUCAAGGAGCAGAAAGAGGAGUCAGAGACAGGAGAAGAAAAAGAGGAGAUAGAUAAUGAAAGAGAUGAAGGGCAAACAGGAGGUGAACAUGUCGACGAUUGCUGCAGGUCUUCAGAAUCACCAGCAGAGAGUGCCACCACCUUAACUCAGACCCCAGAGCAGAGAGAGAGUGAAGAGAAGGUAAACGAGGAAAAGAACAGUAAUGAGACAGGGACUGAAAAGAAAAGAGAGGAGAAAGAGGAGGAAGAGCAGAAAGUAGAUCAUGUAGAAAAAGCAGAGAAAGACGAGGUUCUUGAAAGUUCUAAGCCAAUGGAAUCACAGGCAGAAAGUGAUGCUGAGCUGCCAUUAGACAGUGUGGCCAUCAUCAGAGACCUUGUGACUGAGAUCACUGAAGUGGAGACAAUAGUCAGCCCCUGUCCUACCAGCAGCUGACAGACACGUUACCAAGUCAACCGUAGAUCCUGAGAUUUACUCAACUAUUUACUACUUACUUUACAAUUUGUUAUUACAUGGUACAGAAAACAGAGGUGAAAGAGGAGGGGGAGUGAGAAAGUCCAGAAAGAACGUCAACUCAUUUUAAUGUUACUGCAUCUUAUUUUUAUACAAGUGCAUUUUGAAGAAGUCAUAUUUUUUUACAUUCUGUAAUGAGCAAUUUCUUCUUGAUAAACGCUUUUGGCUCCUGCUGUUUUUUUCUGUUAACACUGGAUUAGAUUGAC